AUGUGUUUCGCACUAUCAGUUGCUCUGAUCAGCAGCAAUGAUAGUCCGGACUAUAAUCCGUGCGACAUCUCGCAAUGGCACCCAUCGCAGUCGCCGCUACUACAACCACUGAAUCCCUUACAAACCUCAAGACAUCUGUUGUCUCUCCUGCAACCUAAUACUCUCCACGACGUCAUCGCUCAAGCUGUUGACCGUUAUCCGUCGCACGAGCUUGGUUUCGUAACCUCCUCGGCACACGACUCCUCUAUUCAGACGAAGACCUUCAGCGCGUUCAACCAAUAUGUUCGAAACCUUGCACGUGCCAUGCUAGAGUGGGGAAAACCUACAGGCUCAGUCGUCGUCGUGUACCUGACGGAGCACGAAGACAAUAUGGCUGCCUGUAUGGGCAGUCCUGCACUUAGCGCGCAACAGGCGCACAAGGAGGGCCAUGUCGCUCACAUCAAGAACUUAUUUGGGUCUGCUACUUGGCUGACCAACGACCUUGGGGCUGAGCAGAUCAGCACUAUUUCUGGUCUGGAGAUUCACCUACUCUCCGAAUUAAAAGCAUCGGCGGAGACAUUUAACGUCUCAGCUGACUGGGUUGCGUACGAGGCUAAGCCAGACGACGAGGCGAUCCUGUUCCUGACUUCAGGGUCGACUGGAUUCUCGAAGGCAGUCGUGCACACUCACCGCACGAUCCUGGCUGCAUGCCGUGCCAAGGGGCAAAGCUACGGCCUAACUUCAGAAUCUCGAGUCUUGAACUGGGUCGGAUUUGAUCACGUUGCAGGAUCGUUGGAGAUGCACAUCACCCCUCUGCUAUAUGGUGCUUCGCAACUCCACGUGCAUGCAUCUGCUAUCCUCGCUGAUCCCCUUCGGCUGCUGCGUUUGAUCGAUGAAAAGUCGAUUGAACUUGCUUUCGCCCCGAACUUCUUGCUCUCCAAGCUCACGCGUGAUCUGGAGAAGCGCACUGACCUCUUCGGACACUUUGACUUGUCCUCCAUCAAGCGGAUCAACAGCGGUGGUGAAGCUGUUGUUUCCAAGACUGCGCAAGCGUUCGCUGCCACUAUGAAACAGCUUAGCAAGAAUCCUUCCGCUGUAUCGUUCGUCAUCUCUGCUGGGUUUGGAAUGACAGAAACUUGCGCCGGAUGCAUUUACGAUCCUGUAGAUGUCCUCGCAACCGAGCCUGCUCACGAGUUCCUUGAUCUCGGGCGACCUAUCAACGGUUGCGAGAUGCGCAUCGUUGACCCCGCAGAUGGCGCCACCCUGCGCCCCGACGGAGAGAGCGGCGAGCUUCAAGUUCGCGGACCAAUGGUUUUCUCCUCCAGCUUCGUCGAGGGAGGCUGGUACCGCACCGGUGAUGUUGGCAUCGUCGAGAAUGGCGUCAUGCGCCUUAGUGGUCGUAUCAAGGACACCGUCAUUGUCCAUGGUGUCUCAUAUGGUAUCCCUGAGCUCGAGACCCACCUCCAGACCGUGGAAGGGGUCACACACUCAUUCCUCGCUGCAGCUCCCUACCGUGCUCCUGGGCAGGAGACCGAAGGGUUCAUCAUUUUCUACUCGCCAACCUUCGACCUCGAUGGAGCAGACGCUUCCACAAAGCUCUUUGCUACGCACAGGGCCCUUCGGGAUAUCUGUGUGAAAAUGAUCACCCUGCCGCCUCAGUUCGUCGUUCCCAUCCCUGUGAACCAAAUGGAGAAGACCACUCUGGGUAAACUGUCUCGUGCGCGUUUGAUUAGUCUCUUCAAGCAAGGUCAGCUUGCUCAGCACAUCGCCCGCUCUGAAGAGCUUCUCAGCGAGGCACGCGGCGCUACAUAUAUGCUAGGCAUCUUCAACCUCGCGGUUGGCGAGAUGUCGGCGAGCGAUAACUUCUUCGAACUCGGCGGUACUUCUAUUGAUGUUAUUAGGCUCAAGCGUGAGGGAGAAGCACAUUUCGGCCUGCCUGAAAUCCCCACUAUCCAAAUCCUCAAGCACCCUGUCAUCUCGAGCCUCGCCAGCUAUGUCAACACCCUGCUCUCUAAGGAUAGCCAGACUGAGGAGUACGACCCCAUCGUUCCCCUCCAGCUGACAGGAAACAAAACGCCAAUCUUUUUCGUUCACCCUGGUGUUGGAGAAGUUCUUAUUUUCGUCAACCUCGCCAAAUACUUCCAGAACGAGCGUCCCUUCUACGCUCUCCGUGCUCGUGGCUUUGAGCCCGGCCACCCCUUCUUCACCUCCAUGGACGAGAUGGUGUCGUGCUAUGCUGCAGCAGUCAAGAAGACCCAGGCGGCGGGACCAUACGCCAUCGCGGGCUACAGUUACGGCGGUGUUGUCGCGUUUGAAGUUGCCAAGCGACUCGAGGCCAUGGGCGACGAAGUCAAGUUCGUCGGUCUCAUCAACAUCCCUCCUCAUAUCGCCGACCGCAUGCACGAGAUCGACUGGACAGGCGGGAUGCUCAACUUGUCGUACUUCCUCGGCCUCGUGUCGAAGCAUGAUGCUAAUGAUCUUGCGCCUGCUCUGAGAUCGAUGACGAGGAAAGAGCAGCUCGAGGUGGUGUGGAAGCUGUCCCCCCCUGAACGUCUCGUCGAGCUCCAGCUGACAGCUGGGAAGCUCGACCACUGGGUGGACAUCGCCGGGUCCCUGAUCGAGUGCGGAAAAGAUUACAACCCAUCAGGCUCAGUUUCCGCAGUCGACGUUUUCUACGCCAUCCCUCUCCGCGGCAGCAAGUCAGACUGGCUCAACAACCAGCUCAAGCCAUGGUCUGGCUUCAGCCGCGGCGAGCCAUCAUAUACUGACGUGCCUGGGCAACACUACACGCUCAUGGACUUUGACCACGUCCCACAGUUCCAGAAGAUUUUCCGUGGUCGUCUCGAGGCUUGUGGCCUAAAGUUUGGACAGACGCGGAAAUUCAAAUUCCCAGAUACCCUCAAAAGAGUGGAACUCGUUCGGGAUUUGCCGUUGUUUAAAGUACUCGGUCCGCUACAGGCACUGAUGGAAGGAGCGAAAUGA